AUUAAAUGUUACAUGUUUGUAACUUUAUUUUAAAAGAUCAUAUACAAACAUAUGCUCUAUUCUUAAAAUUAUAAUUGUUACAUUACUAAUAAUUGUUCAAAUGCAUAGUAGUAUAAGAUAUUAAUAUAAGAUAUUAAUACAAUUGUAAUUACCUUCGCAUUGAAAAUGCGGAAGGUAAUGUUUUGAUCGCCGUGUAUUUAUUUAUUUAUAUGCGUGUUAUUCGCAUAAGUAAAAAAGUAUUAAACAGAAUCGCAUGAAAUUUGGUGGGAUGAUUGGUUAUUAUCCGGGGACCAUUUGAUUCGAUUUUGGGAUCGAUCGGUCAAAGGUCAAGGUCAUGAAAAGGUCAAAAUCUUCUUUUUACCAUUCUUAAAAUUAUAAUUGUUACAUUACUAAUGAUUGUUCAAAUGCAUAGUAGUAUUAAGAGCAUAUUAUUUCAUACAUACAUUAAUUUCUAUCCAAUUGGCAUGCAACUAAUGCCAAAAUGUUCAGAAUUCAAUGCCCAAUCUUGUGAUAUGCGCUCUACCGAGUGCUCGUUCUAGUUCACUAAUGAUUUUCAAGCUGAAUUAUACUGAUUAUUAUAUUUUCUAUUUAUUUAUUUAGAUUUCUUCUCGUGUUAAUAAUCAAAGGUACUACUUAUAUUCCAGUAGAGGUUACAACUAUGCGUCCUGCAUAUCCCGCCCUUAACUCUUUGGCCGCUCCAAUAGUGUCAUUCUCGCUAUGUGCCUCAGGGGAACGACCUAUUGUUACCAUGCUGCUGCUAAAGGGCAAAUCCUCAGCUGUUCCACAACUGUCAGCUGCAGACAAAGAGCAAUGGGAAUCGUCGGUAGAUUCACGGUGACCCUGGCAUUAUCCGGCUCCUCUUUCUCCUCUGGCUUGCAUGUCAUCAUAAUGGACUUGAACUGUGUCACACGUCCGUCUGCUAUCUAUAGAGUCUGUUCUCAGAGCUGAGAGAAAACUCUGGAUAGGAGGUGCUCCGUCUCACUGGCAGCAUGCGGUAAAACACCACUGAUGUGCAGUCCUGUGAUCUGGAUCAACGCUUUUCUAGCUGUGAUUGGCAUUUUAGAUGGAUAUGUAAUGAAGAUCAAAGGCACGGAGGUGAUGGAGUCCAACAGCUGCCCGAGCUCCAGCCAGCAGCCGGGACACUGUGAGCCACCGGGCAGCGUGAGGGUCAGCAUCGACGACCGCUCCUUCAAUGUGGAGAAAACCGUUCUGUCUGAGAACUGCGAGUACUUCAGAGCAUUGUUCCAGUCCGGAAUGAGAGACUGCCAACAGGAAGAGAUCCGCCUGCAGUGUGUCGGGGUCCUGGGCUUCCUGGUCAUGCUGCGGGUCCUGGGCGGGGAGUGCCCCGUGCUGACCGGUGACCAGAUCGUGGAAGCCAUCGAGUGUACGGCUUUUCUGCAGGUGCCGGCUCUCACCAAGCACUUGAGCUAUAUCGUCAAUUCCGAAAACUGCCUGCUCAUGUACCACACGGCCGCCACAUACGGUGUGUGGGAGCUCUCCCACAGUUCAGCCUUAUUCAUCAGAGACAUGUACAGUGAUCUGAAGGAGGAUGUUCACACCUUACCCAACAAGCUGGUGGAGUACAUCGAGUCCCUUCUCCCCAGUAGCUACAUGGCGGUAUGCAGCCACUCGCCGUCCACCGAGCGGCUGCCGGACCACCAGAGGACCGUCUGCUACCUGGACGAAGACAACAGCGAGUGGAAGGUCCUGACCCAUCUACCUGUGAGCACGAGCACCACGAUGGCAGGCGUGGUCGUCCUGGACAACAAACUGUACAUCGUCGGAGGAGUGCACGAUGUCAGCAAGAAGGUGGUGGAGAAGGGUUACUGUUACAACCCUGCAGCAAACACGUGGUCCACCAUCUGCGGCUCCCAGCAGCUACGCUACAACUUCACUCUGAUCGGUCACGAGGGUUUCCUCUACGCCGUGGGAGGCGAGUUCAACGCGAAGGCCCUGUCGUCUGUGGAAAGAUACAGCGUGUCGGAAGGAAGCUGGGGGUUCGUCUCCUCCCUCCCCUGCCCUGCAGCCAUGGUGGUGUCGACGAUAGCCAUGAACAGGAUCUUUAUCUGUCUCUGGAGAGGUCAGGGGGCCUCCGAUAUACACGAGUAUGUGUCUGAACGGGACCAGUGGCUUCUGGUCACCACGCUCAUCCGUGAGCACAGUUAUGGUCUUUAUAUGGUGGCCCAUGAAGACAAUCUGUACGUGACGCGCAAUGGACCCCGUGAUGACUUUUUACUGUGUGUGAUGGACCGCUUCAACCUGAGCUCAGGCCAGUGGACGGCCAUGUCGGGCCAGUACGGGAACAGCAAAGGCUCUCUGCUCACUGCCGUGGUCAGGGGAGACUCUGUUUUCACACUCAGCCGGAAGGUGACCACAGAGUUUACGGUAGAAGACGACAAAUGGAGAGUGAAGCGAGAGAUGAAAGGUUUUGGCAGGAUUGGAUCUAUAUAUACAUUUCUGAUGAGGCUGCCUAUAGCCCCCGUCUUCACCGUGGGAAACCCUGUGGAUCAGGUCCAGAACGUCAGAGAAUUCCUCAGAUUCUCCCCACAGCGCUCUGUUUACAGAUGGAGUUCCUGUGUUCCCAUAGAAUGGGGGGGGUUCAUCUUUAUGCAUCUGCUAAACUGUCGACAACCAACUGCUGUACAUCAUUGGAGGAAUAGCACAGAGGUUGCAUUGCACACCGCAAUGAUUUGGUAAUGUUGAGAGUGGGAACCAGUCCCUAGUGGACACUGCUCCUGUUUUCACAGAAAACAAGUCGAAGAGUUGUUUCCCAGAUGGAUUAACUCUAGGAAACAAGGUCAAAUGAGGCCAGAACACAGAGGAGAGCACCGAGUUGAAUACAAAUAUAAACCUGCUAAUAGCAUUUAUGAAUGAUAAUGAAAGAAAAACACUGCCUUUGUGAAUUUUAAAACACUCAUUCGGGUCUGUUUUGCUUAUAAUUUUCAUUCUAUUUAAUCUCCUUCGUUACUCGACUGUAUAUUUUUGAUUGUAGUGUUUUUAACUUUCGGGGUUUAUUCAUAAAUCAUUUAUUAAUUUAAA